ACAUGAUGUUAAAGAACAUUUUUAUGGAAAUCAGUUUUUUUACGAGAGGAAGUGAACAUCGCGAGAUUCGUUAUUACCACUGAAAGCUUUUUGUAAACUUUUAUAAAACUUCGAUAAUGUCAUUCAAAAGAAAACAGCAUGAUGUAACUUACAAAGUUCUUGUCCUUGGUGAAUCUACUGUUGGAAAAACUGCACUCAUAAAAUGCUACACAGAAAAAGACAAAGAUUUCAACCCUAAUUUGGUUCCAACUAUCGGUAUAGAUUAUAAAACAGAGUACAUGACAAUUGACAAACUUAAAAUUAGAGUACAAAUUUGGGAUACUGCUGGUCAAGAAAGGUUUCGUACAAUGAAUGCUAUGUAUUACAGAGGUGCAAAGGGAAUUUUACUGGUGUAUGAUGUUACAAACAAAGACAGUUAUUUGAAGGUAAAAGAUUGGAUGGAGGAUCUUAAGCAGCAUGAUUUGGACAAGGAGGAAAUAAUUUUAAUUGGCAAUAAGAUUGACUUGGAGCACUUGCAGGAAGUUGCUUCUGAUGAGGGAAAUAAGUUGGCAAUGAAAUAUGGUAUUAAGUUUAUGGAGACAAGUGCAAAAACUGGAGAAAAUGUUAAUGAGACAUUUACAAAACUUGUUUACAACAUGAAAGAUUCCUGUGACCCUUUUACAGUUUCAUCAGAUGUAGGAAAUGAGGACUGGGAAGCAGUUCAUCGGUCCAGCCAUGACACCAAUGCAAGUCUAAAUCUGAAACAAUCUGCCAAAAAGAAUGGGGAAUCUGGUUCUGGGUGGUGUUGUCCUUUAGGCUAAUUUUGUAUUUAUAUUUACAUGGGCCUCUAAAUCUUAGGUAUAUCAUGCAUAUGUGCUAGUCUUAGUCUUCUUAGUUUCUAUUUAGAAAAACUUGACAAUAUGUGCCCCUUUAAUAAUAUCUUUUGUUAUAAGGCAAAUGUUAUAAGAGAUACAGAAAAAUAUCCUCAUUUUUACUACUCCUAAAACUAAGACACAAAGAAUUAAAAGGAUUAAAAAAACCUAUUCUGGUAUUCAGUGAAUUGCAUUAUUUUAGUGCCUUCUGAAGAAAGAAACAGGUUCUGUAUAAAUAUAUUGGCCUAUCUAAGUUAUUGUCCUAGAAUUUGUCAACAUGCAUCAAACCUUUUUUUAGGCCUCAGGUGUCGGUUAACGUAUAUUAAAGUAUUGUACUAAAUCAACCUCUUUAACAGUUUGAGCAUAUUAGAAAUUUUGAAAUUAUCAGAAAGUUUAAAGGAAUGUUUUGUAAAUUUCUGAUUCGUCAAUUUAUAUCAAUAUUUUUAUAGUCAUAUAAAUUUGUUUUAAUUAGAAGUAGAGAAAGUAGAGAAGUAGAGAAAAUUUCUCAGAAAAUAUA